AUGAAUACAAUUGUGACUCUUAACGUUGGUGGUGUACUCUAUACUACUACAAAAGACACACUUUUGAAACAUAAAAGUUUCUUCUCAGGCCUUUUCAGUAAUAAUUUUUCAAUCUCUCUUGACAGUAACGGUAAUAGUUUCAUUGAUCGGAAUGGAGAGUUGUUUAAAUAUGUACUCGAAUUUUUAAGAAAUAAUGCUUUGCCGAAAAGAACUAUUUCCAACAAAGCAUUACUCGAGGAGUUAUUACAAGAAGCCGAAUUUUAUUGUAUUGAAGAUCUCAUCGCUGAAAUAAAAAAAUCUAUACUAAACAGUGAUGAACAAGGUGAUAAGAAGAUAAGAAUUUAUGAACUCGAAGUUUACUCGAAAAAAGGUUUUCAUGUAAUUGGAAGAGGAAUAGAACCCAUUCGUUAUAAUAUAUGUCCUCAUAGGCAUGAUCCUCCACGAAUUGGCAAAGAUGAAUAUCAUGAUUCUAAUUGCAAGCAUUCACAUGUUGAAUUAGUAGAGGACUAUGUGCCCUUUUUGGUAGUGUCAACCAGUCCGCCCGUGGGUCCCAUAUUUGAUUUAAGUGCGGGGAUAAAAAGGGGUGAAAAACAA